CUUGGAUAGUCUGGUUCAAGGCCUUUCUGCUCGUGUUAAUGCUGGUUUGACUGAUGCGUGACUGGUCACUGGUGACUGAGACACGAAACUCGGCGUCCCAAACCUGAACGGGAACUUCUGCAACUCCGCGUCGCCUUGGAAAAAAGUGAAGGCGCAGGCACUGACUGGCAUUGGUUCAUCAACUGAUCGUCCCUCAACAACCAAACCUCAACCACAACAAGUCGACGCCGACAUCAUUGUUUCCUCAACCGCUUCAACAAGUUUUACUCUCUUCUUAGACGCAUCACUGGCUUUUCGCUGUCCUCUGACGAUCUCCCUUCGUUUGAGCCUCUUCGUCCUUCCCUUCGCAGUCCGCACGUCCGGUUUGGGUCCCUCGUCAACAGGGUCUCGCCUUUCAAUAGCCUCUUCUACCUUUCCAUCUAUAACACGGUUUAACAGCCUAGAUUGCCUUCGGUGGAGCGCAGAGGAUGAUGGUUUGAGCCAAUUAAUCCUUUAUUGAACCUAGUCAAUAUGGAGACGGUGCAGGCACCUGCAGGGAACUCCGAUGCGGAAGAGAAAUUUGAGGAUGCGACCGACGUCAACGACGACUCCAAACGGACUUCUACCCACGAGGAGCAACCUCCGUCCGAUACCAGCACUUCCAACGAACCUGAGCCUCAGCAACCAUCCUCCUCCCAAUCUGAACCUGAAUCACAAGAUGCGGCGAGCACACAGAUCCCGGAACAGAAUGAAGCAAAGCAUGAGGUGGACGCCACUCCGGCGGAUGAUUCAACACCCGUACAGUCUCUCGAAGGACAGCAAGUACCUACAUUAAAAGCUCCAGAACCCUCCGCCGAACAAUCGAGUCAACCGGAGAAGACUGAUCCGCCGAAACCUCCUGCUCGCCCUUCAAGAUUCCAAGGAUUCUCGGCUUCUUUGCCCUCAGUCCCAUGGGGAGCUCCUCCCAAUAGGAAAGCUUCAGAUGCACGAGCGCCGUCACCGCAGCCACCUCCACCUCCACCCAGCUCAUCCUUCGGGCGUAAAGUGACCACUCCUUUUGGAUGGUUGAGCCGGGCCACCUCCGCACAGAAAGAACCGCGUUCUCCUCCUCUGCCAUCGAAAGGCCAACUCGACGUUCGUCGAAACACUGCCGCCUCUGCCUCGACUCUCGGGAGCAAUCCCGAUCUCAUGUUGAAAGCUUUAGAAGAGGCGCAAGAUGGAUCCAAUGGACCAAAACAGCCCUCCAGGGCGUCGUUACGGGAGCAGUUCAAGAUGCUUCGGCUUCGGGAAGAAGCAGGCAUAACAAGCCUGGAAGGUACGGAAGAUGCCGAUGGCGGUGCCAUAGCAGGCUUGAUCGGACGAUCUGCAAGCUUGGGAGUCGGAAUUGCUACGCCUGGGAGUGUGGGCCAAGAUGACCAUAUGGUAGCCACGCCUGUCAUGUCGCCAUCCUCCCCGAUGACGGAGUCAAUACCGACGAAUCCAAAUCUCGCGCCCGGAACUGUAGCCGGGGUGGCAGCAUCGGCAGCGGAUACAGCAACGUCGAUCGAUUGGGACUUCUGGCAGAAUGUUGUGAAUGAAGGCCCACAAGCCGUUGCAAAAACGAGUCCCGACGAAUUCACUCAAGCCAUCAGUGGUGGGAUUCCGCAGACCAUUCGACCUGUCAUCUGGCAAGUCCUUGCUGGCAGUAAGAACGAGGAACUAGAAGCUGUCUAUUGGGAUUUGCGAAAUCGGGGUACGGGUGCCGAAAUAAAAGAACCGCCGCCAAAAUCGCCGUUGCUCAAUGGAAAUCAUGUGAAUGGCAGCGUCAAAGAGAAAGAGUCGGUUGGAUCAUCACGGUCCUCAGUCCGGUCGGACCACUCAACGCCAGCUACAAGUGCCAAUCUUGGGCUCGCCUCUCCUUCGCCUUCUCAGGAACAGACAGAUCCAAUGGUUGCUGCCAGGCUGCAGACCCAAUUAGCAGCGGAAAAAGCUAAGAAGGCGAAAGAGGAUUCCGCAGCGUUAGCCAAGCUUGAGAAAAUGAUCAAACGAGACAUGGGCUCAAGAACUAGCUACUCCAAGUACGCGGCAGCUGCAGGCCUACAAGAUGGUCUCUUCCACGUAUGCCGAGCGUAUGCAUUAUUCGACGAUGCCGUGGGCUAUCCUCAAGGCAUGAAUUUCAUCAUCAUGCCAUUGCUAUUCACGAUGCCAGAAGAAGAGGCCUUCUGUCUUCUCGUACGGCUGAUGAACAAGUAUCAACUGCGCGAUUUGUUCAUACAAGACAUGCCGGGCCUGCAUCUUCACCUGUACCAAUUCGAAAGAUUACUGGAAGAUCUCGAACCGGCUCUAUAUUGCCAUCUCAACAGGCGAGGCGUAAGCCCUAAACUUUAUGCAACUCAAUGGUUCCUCACAUUAUUUGCCUACAGGUUCCCGCUUCAACUUGUUAUGCGUGUUUUUGACCUGAUACUGUGUGAGGGUCUUGAAGGUGCAAUCCUGAAGUUCGGUAUGGCUGUCAUUCAACGCAAUGUUCAGGCGCUUCUGGCUAUGCAGGACAUGCAAGCACUCACCAACUUCUUGAAGGAGAAGAUUUUCGACGUAUACAUUGAUGCCACGCCUUCGUCGAAAUCGCUCUUGGAGUCUGGGUUUUUUGGCAGUUCGGGUGGAUCAGACACUGAAGUGUACCGAGCCGAUCUGCUUGUUCAGGAUGCAUGUGCCGUCAAACUCACUCCGGAUAUGCUGAGUCGAUAUCGCGAAGAAUACGAAACGACGACGAAGGCUGAAAGAGCCCGUGAAACCGAGCUUGAGAAUCUGAGGACAGACUGCGCCACCAAGGCUGCUCAGAUAAGGUCCUUGGAGCAGCGUGCCGAAAAAUCAGACGCCGAGCACAUCGAAAUCGCAAAUGAGCUGGUCAGACUCAAAGUCGAGAAUACCGAACUCCAAGAUCGAAAUGAGAGUUUGACGGGACAGGUGGAGGAAUUGAGGAAAGUCGCCGCAAGCGAGGCUGCAAAUGUCGAAGAAAGAAUGAGAGCCGGUACAGAACAAGUGAUGCAACGUAACAUCGAAGUGCAAAACCAAAAUCGUCAUAUGGAAGAACAAAUGACUGAAAUGGAAAAGGAGCUCGUUGAGAUCAAGAUGAAGUAUGCUGAGCUUAAUGGCGAACAUGAGGGUCUCAAGCAGAAAUGGAACGAUCUGAAGCGAGCUCUUGAAUGAAACUCUUGCUUUUGACGGCCGAAACAUCUAUGGUGACGACGAUUCUCCCAAACCGACGAGGCUUUCUAGCCAUGCGCGCUCAUUGUACAAGCAUUGGCCUGGGCCUCAUCUUUCGGCACUUCGCAAUGCAGGCACCGGUCUGUAGUGAGUCGUCUUACGUGUUCAUACCGACGUUACCUCUGACACUGCUGGCGCACGAACAUCCGGCGGAGCUGCCGUCGGGGGCGCGGGUUAUGGCCUCCGCACCAUGGAUUUAGUUGUGCAUUGGGUUGAACUAUAUCGACAUGAAGGGCGACUGAAGGAUACUACCUAUACGAUAUGACACAUGGGCAACGAACAUGAACAUCACAUGUAUGCAGAGGAAUCAGCAGAACCUAUAUACUAGGCUGCCGACGUAAAACAAUAUAUGAACCUUUGUGGGAGACUGGCUUGGCCUUUUCCUCGGUCUCAAAGCUGCAUGUUUGACAAUAGGUUGCUCGAGUCGAG